AUGUCGCAAGAAUCUAGCCCCAGCAUCAGGGAGCAGUUGUCACAAGUCUACCCGCCAAAACCUAGCUUUACAGAACAAGAUUUACCCGGGCUACAGGGGAAGGUCUACGUGAUCACAGGUGCAAACACUGGGCUAGGCAAAGAACUAGCUCGCAUACUCUACUCAAAGCAUGCCAAAGUCUAUAUCACCGCACGGUCAAAAGCGAAGGCCAACGCAGCUAUAUCUGAAAUUAAAGCCAGCGUCCCUGACUCCCAGGGCACCUUGGUGUUUAUCAAGCUUGACCUAGCGGACCUCAGCACCAUCAAGGCUUCAGCCGAGGGGAUUCUCCGACAAGAGAAUCGACUUGAUGUCCUGUUCAACAACGCCGGCGUCAUGAAACCCGACCCCCUUACUUCAAAAACAGCCCAAGGCUACGAGCUACAGCUUGGCGUAAACAACAUCGGCACAUUCAUGUUCACGAAGCUUCUCACGCCCCUUCUCGUAGCGACUGCGAAAGCUGAGGGCCCUGGCUCGGCGCGAGUCGUCUGGGUCGGGUCCUUGGCCGGGGAGAUCCCCGUCGUGCCGAAAGGAGGCGUGCCUAUGGACAACCUCGACUACCAUCGGGAUCUCUGGUGGCUGACGAAAUACGGCAUCAGCAAGGCCGGGAACUACUUGCAAGGGUCUGAGUAUGCGCGGCGGUAUAAGGCCGAUGGGGUGAUCAGCGUCUCCUUGAACCCGGGGAAUCUCGACUCCGAGCUCUGGAGGAACCAGACUUAUAUCAUGAGCAAGAUGUUGAAGUGGUUCUUCCUUUAUGAGAUUAUCAACGGGGCGUAUACGGAGUUGUUCACUGGCUUGUCUCCUGAGGUCACCAUGGAGAAAUCCGGUGCUUGGAUUGUGCCCUUUGGUCGAUUUAUGCGACCUCGUAAAGACCUGAAGGAAGCUACGAGAACCAAGGCUGAGGGCGGCACUGGUAUUGCGAAGGAGUUCUGGGAAUGGAACGAGGAGCAGAUUCGACCAUUUCUUUGA